AGCAAGUGAACCCCUCUGCAUAGAAUGUACCACCUCAGGUAUACCCGCCUGGUGUCAACCAGCGUCAGUAUUGUGCUUCAUUCUAGCAACCUGUCGGGAUGUCAGGAGUGACGCCUAUGCAACAAGCGGUGGCAAUUCCGCCUCCCACGCCGUUGCAAUAUCCAAGGGCACCACAAGGACCGCAACAGCCAUUGGGUAUACAACCAUGGCAGUUUCGUGGGAAGUGGCCGCUGAAUGGACAAUGGGGAGUACCACCUACCACCCAUAUGCCACCACCUGCGAAUCAGCCACCUGGCCAUCAGGUGGCUCCACUUCAAGGCGGAUCGAGCGGAUUGAACAAUGCAUCAAGCAGUAAUUCCAGGAAAGGUCCGACAGCCAAUGAGUUUCCAGGCCCGGGCAAUAAAGUUUAUUUUACCAAGGAGUAUGUGGAUAUCUUGGAAGAUAUAAGGAUGAACAAGGCCGUUGAGGAGGCAAGAAAGAAGAUCUCGUGCAGUCGGCGUAACAGCGUGCACAUCGGGGAACCGCUGGAUAAAGAUAGUCGCUCCAAUAUGCGAUCGGCUGAUGAAGGGAAAUCUGGUGAUAAGAGUGACGAGAUGAAAGCAUGGGUCACAACCACUUUCGAAAGCUCACUCAAGCUGAUCACAGAGAAGUUGCAUGAGGUAGACCAGAAGGUGAAGCUCACCUCCGAAGACAAAGCUGAACUUGCGAGACUUCGGGAGGAGAAAGCAACCUUGGAGAAAGCAACCGUGAAGAAAGUAGCAGCGGAGAACGAGAGUAAGGAACUCUCGAGCAGUGAGAAGCGUAAUCGAGGAGGUGAACGGACACUGAUCGACAUUUCGCCACGGAUAAUUUGGGUGAGAUCGCGCGGGAGCAAGACGAAACCAAGAACGAAGCGGAUUGAUGUCUCAUUUGACGAAGAAGACGGAAGCGUCGGAGCCGUCAAGCAGAAUCUCAAGCCAAAGAUGGAAACCAGCAGCGAACUGUCUGAUAUAAAGGCAAUGCUGGCGGCUCUGUUGCAGAGUUUCGCCGAUGUCAAGGGCAAGGCCCCUGUCAUUGAGCAUGCGCCGGUGACGGUACCAGAAGACGAGAUGCACGGAGAAAAAGAAGACGUCGACAUUGUCCAGAAUGCUACAAACAAGGAGGAGGAAGAGGAAUGCGAUGAGGGUGGCCUAGCGGUGUAUUUGAAGAUGCGGCAAGAGUUCUAUAGCUCACUACAUUACACCCGAGUCCAGGAGUUGUGUAAGGAGAAGAGCAUCCCGUACUUCAAGAAAGACUUGGGUGCGUGGGAACUAGCCAAGCAUGAUCUUCAGGAAUAUGCAGACAUGCUAAAGGACGACAAGGCCGUUAAGGUGGCCGAAUCAUCAAGGAAGACCGAAGGGCGGAAAACGGAAAAUCGCUGAGAAGCCGUCAUCAUCUGAGAAUCCAAUCAAGGGAAACUGAUCGG